AUGACACCGGAGUACUGCCAAUCACUAUAUGAAUCAAUGGCAAACAGAUUGAAUCAAAGUGCUGGCGUCGAACGUGUUGCAAUCGCUACUCAAAAACAUUGCUGCGCCAGUCGCCAACAAACUGAUAGAGUUGACGAUCGUUUGGUUUAUGGUAGAGAUGAUUGCUAUGAUACAGAACAGAAAUAA